UGGGAGGUGUUGAUCUAUGUACUUGACUCGAUGUUAGGAUACCAUAGGAUACUUAUAAGGUCAAACAAAUUUUACCUAAGAAUAUUUUUCCAUUUCCUCGACAUGUUGUGCUGUAAUAGUUGGAUAUUGUGGAGAAGAGCUCUCACUGACAACAAUUCUGAUGACUAUUUGCCACUGGCUCAAUUCAAACUUGGUUUAGCAGAAAUUCUAACAAGAUCCCACGUAACUUCAAAAAAGCGAGGCAGACCUAAUAGCUCACUACAGCCUCAACUGGAUUUAAAAAAAGGAAAUAAUAUCCUUUUGCGGAAAUACCAGCCCAAGAAAUUCGUCGCGACAAUGUGGGACAUCUUCCUGAGUGGCAUGAAGAUCGCCAAAUUUCCUGAGUGUAAGGGAAAAACACAAGUUUGGUGUGAUAAAUGUAAUGUUAGAUUAUGUUUGAACAAAGACCGGAUAGAGAAGGACGAGGAGGUGGCAUUGGCGUUUAUAUUAAAUCUAUGUAUUAGACCUCCGUCUAAGUCUUUUGACGAUUUUGCUAACGUAUGGGAUUCCGUCCUGCCUUUGUGCGUCUAUCACUAUGAUAACGUUUUAACAUUAGGUGACAUCAACUCAGAUUUAUCUAAUGCUGACAAUAGUCUUAAUAAAAGUUUUUCGUGUUAUGGUUUUUGUCAAAUCGUUAAAGAACCCACUCGUAUCACGGAAACAUCAGCCACUCUGAUUGGUGCAGUUUUUUCGAAUACUAAAGAAGUUUUUACGAUCACAAUGGUUUUGGAUGCUGGGGAAAUUUCCGACCAUCGACUUGUUUGUUGCUCGCUGGAUAUUGCUGUCAAGAAAACUAAGCAAAUUUUCAUCACUUUUGGAGAUUUUAAAAACUUUGACGAGAACGGACUUUGUGAUGAUUUAAGUUCAAUUGUUGAUUUCCUUACAAGGAACAUUCUUAACGUAUUUGAUAUCCACGGGCCGCUUACAACGAAUAUUGGUAUAGCCUGUAUAUUGAUUUUAUGGACAGACGCAGGGCCGGGCACAAGCGGUAAGCAAGUGAGGCAGCUGCCUCAGGGCAUGACUCCCCCACUUAGAGAUGAUCUUAGCAGCGACUUGCAAGUCGCCGGGAUAUCGGCGACAGCGACCUUAAAGUCGCCGGUAGAUUUAGCAGCGCUUUAG